CUCUCUCUCUCUCUCUUCUCUCUCUCUCUCUCUCUCUCUCUCCCCGGGAACACGCUGACCCUUCCCUGACGAUUUUCAGCCUGCGAGUCGGGAUGGAAGAGCAGAAGCCGCUUGAUGCAGGCCCGGGGAGCCGGGGGUGCCGGCGGAGGAGGAGGCGGAGGAGGUGGAGGCGGCGGAGGAGGAGGAGGAGGAGGUGGAGGCGGCGGGGGAGGAGGCGGCGGCGGCGGCGGGGUAACGAUGUCUGUGCACCCGGCGUCGGCCGGCCUACAGCCCCUGACGACCCAUCUCCGCGAAAGCCCCACAGAUAAUGGGGACGGGAGGAAGCAAGACAUCGGGGACAUUCUCCACCAGAUCAUGACCAUCACCGAUCAAAGUCUGGACGAAGCACAAGCCAAGAAACACGCGCUGAAUUGUCACAGAAUGAAACCUGCCCUCUUCAGUGUUUUAUGUGAGAUCAAGGAAAAGACGGGCCUGAGCAUCCGCAGCAGCCAGGAGGAGGAGCCAGUGGACCCCCAGCUGAUGCGGCUGGACAACAUGCUGCUGGCGGAGGGCGUGGCCGGACCGGAGAAGGGGGGUGGCUCAGCGGCAGCCGCGGCGGCGGCGGCUGCCUCGGGCGGCGUCUCCCCCGACAACUCCAUCGAGCACUCCGACUACCGGGCGAAGCUGGCCCAGAUCCGGCAGAUCUACCACACAGAGCUGGAGAAAUACGAGCAGGCCUGCAACGAGUUUACCACACACGUGAUGAACCUCCUGCGGGAACAGAGCCGGACACGGCCGAUCUCUCCCAAGGAGAUCGAGAGGAUGGUCGGGAUUAUCCAUCGGAAGUUUAGCUCCAUCCAGAUGCAGCUAAAACAGAGCACGUGUGAGGCGGUCAUGAUCCUGAGGUCAAGGUUCCUCGACGCCAGGAGAAAACGACGUAACUUCAGCAAGCAAGCCACAGAGAUCUUGAAUGAGUACUUUUACUCUCACCUCAGUAACCCCUACCCCAGCGAGGAGGCCAAGGAAGAACUGGCUAAGAAGUGUGGCAUCACUGUGUCGCAGGUCAGUGUAUCCCAGGUGUCCAACUGGUUUGGAAACAAGCGCAUUCGGUAUAAGAAGAACAUUGGUAAGUUCCAGGAGGAGGCUAACAUUUACGCUGUUAAGACCGCCGUCAAUGCGACUGCUGCUUCUCAGAACAGUCAAGCAAACUCGCCCACCACUCCCACCUCCGCAGGUUCCUCAGGCUCGUUCAAUCUGUCCGCUUCUGGGGACAUGUUCAUGGGAAUGCAGGGCUUAAACGGGGAUUCCUACCCAGGGGCACAGGUGGAGUCACUCCAUCACUCCCUGAACCAGCCCUACGGGGAAGGACUGGCCGCCAACCAGAUGUACAGCCCACGGGACGUGAGGGCUAAUGGAGGUUGGCAGGACGCAGCCACCCCGUCCUCCGUGACAUCACCAACAGAAGGGCCCGGAAGCGUGCACUCUGAUACCUCCAACUGAUCUCCGAGCAACCGGACCAUUCCCUGAUCCAAUGGGCUUUCUCCAGCAUUGACCAAUAAGAAAGAAGAGGACGGAUGAGAGGAGGAUUUCGGAAGUUGGGGGUGACGUUGAUACUAACCUAUCUCCUUGUGUGUUUCACUGUAAAACCUUGGGCCUCAGUGUACAGAGGGUGGGGGGCUUGACCCCAGUAGAGAGAUGGUGCUCCCAACAAAGGCCAAGUCCUGCCCCGUGUACGGGCCUGCGUUUGGUCGCCGGUGGCGCGCGGACUGGUGGUGGGAUCGACCUGUGUCUCCGUUGUCCAGGGUGACGGCCGGGGUGUGCAGUUAACACGUGGGGUGGUGUCUGAGGGACGUGUGUGUGGUGGAGGGGCUGCGCGUGGGUGCGCCUCACCUUGGCCUUUGUGCUGGCUCCUCACCCAGCCAAUUUCCCCUUCUCUCCCUCCCCCUACUCCCUCCCCCUACUCCCUCCCCCCUACUAUCCCUCCCCCUCUCUCCCUCCCCCUCUCUCCCUCCCCCUCUCUCCCCACUCUUUCCCUCCCCCCACUCUCACUCGACACUCCCUCCCCACAUGCUCUCCGUCCUCCACUCUCUCCCUCUCCCCCUCUCUCUCCCCACUCUCUCUUCCCCCUCCCCCACUCUUCCCCCCCCUUUCCCCACCCCACCACACUCUCCCUCCCCCCACUUGCUCCCUGUCCCUCUCUCUCUCCCCACUCCCCCUCCCCACGUCUCUGCUUCCCCAUUCUUUCCUCUCCCCCAGCUCCCCCACUCUCUCUCCCUUCUCCCCCACCCAUCCCCCCACCCCUCUCACUCUCCCCUUCUCACUCCUCCCCCUCGCUCUCUCUCUCCCUCCAGCCCUCUCUUGCCCCACCACACUCUCUCUCUGUGCCCUCCCUCACUGUUUUCGUCCUGCACUCUCCCUUUCUCUUCACCCCUACUGCAACCACCUCACUCUCUCACCCCCACUGUUACCCCCACCACUCUCUGUCCCUGCACGCCCCCCUGUUCUCAACUCCCCCUCCCCACGCCAUUUUGCUGUCCCCCUCUCACUGGUUUGUCCUUAGUAGUUUGUUCUCUAAACUGGACAGAAUUUUUAGUUUUCCAAGUUCAGCGAUGGAAGGGAGUUCACCUGCAACCUGGCUACAUUUGGGAAUGAGUCUUCAGGCUGAAGAUGUUCUUUGUCUGUGGUAUGUGCAGGAGUGUGUGUGUGUGUGUGUGUGUGUGUGUGUGUGUGUGUGUGUGUGUGUCUGUGGAUCUAUCAUAUGUCUGUGUAUGUGCCCAUUUCUGUGGUGUGCAUAGCAUCUGCUUUUGCACCUAGUGUGUGUUUCUAUGGCAUCUGUGUGUCUGACGUGUGUGUGUACGCACACGCACGCAUUGCUUCUGUGGUGGGUGAGUGUAGUAUGUAUGUGGUGGUUUUUCCUGCGUGUGUGUGUCUGGAGUGCUUUCUGCAUGUGUGUGUGGUGUGUUUUCCGCAUGUGUGUUUUCUAUGUGUGUGUGGUGUUUUCUGCAUGUGUGUUUUCUGUGUGUGUGUUGUGUUUUCUGCGUGUGUGUGUGUGUACGCAUGUGUGUCUGUCUGUGUGUAGUGUAUUGUGUGUUUUUUUUGUGUGUGGUGUGUGCUGUUUGGUACAUGGGUGUGGUGAGUGGGUGUGUAUGAAGCCAGUGGGAUUGACAACCUCUGUACCCCGUCCAUCAGGGGCAGUGUAGGGUUUGUAGAUGCAGGGAGAAUAGCUUACAGGGAAAAUUAGUUGUGAGGGGGGAGGAUUGCUCUAUGAGCCAGCAGGAGCUUGACAGACUGACUGGCCUCCUGUGUUAGUUCAGACCCGUGACCUCCAGCCCUGAGUGAUUUAGGGGACCCUCUCUCACUUUGCCACACCCGGGCCAGAGAGCUAGGAGCUCCCCACCACCCAGUGUUUGGGACCCACAGAAGUUGUGCCCAGCCCUUUACUACCUGUCACUGCCGAACCCCCAGGGUCAUGUCUCCAGUCCCACCUCAUGGUUGCGGCCCCCUGAACGAUCAGAGGAAAGGUUAUUUCUUUGACCUAUUUCUUAUCGCUUGUUGGUCACUCCAACGUCAUUGGCUGCUCCCCUUCCCUGACAGCUGAGAAUCGACCAAUCAGGUGGCAGAGUCUGUGAGAUGUAAGUGAUGGACGGGUGUGGCAGCCAAUGGUAGAUGUGGAGUAGGUGAGGCAGGCAAGUGCAUGUUGGAGUGCUGAGGCCCCACCGAACCACCCUCCCACACACCCUCCAACCCUCGGCUUCCCCACAGGAUCACCUCCCCGGUGGCUCCGUGGGUAGCGCCGCUGCCUCACGGCUCCAGCGACCCAGGUUCGAUCCCGACCUCUGGCACUGUCUGUGUGUGGAGUUUGCACGCUCCCCCUGUGAAAGCGCGGGUUCUCCCCGGGCGCUCCGGUUUCCUCCCACGUCCCAACGAUGUGCAGGUCAGUGGGUUAAAUGGCCGCUGUAAAUUACCGCCGGUGUGUAGGUGAGGGAUAGAAUUGACGUGAAUGCAGGGAGAAUACCUAACAAAAUAGUGGGGGAUGGGGGGGGUUAGGAUUGCUCAACAGGCAGGAGCUCGACAGGCUGAAUGGCCUCCUGUGUUGGAAGCAGGUAUGGAGCCCUUGAAGAGGAGCAGAAAUCCCUUGAGCUCUUGCAUCGGCCAAACGUGUGUCAUCUUGUCCAUCGCCCUUCCCUCCAAACCUCCUCCUUCCACUGAGGUCGAGGGUACCGGAUUUCGGAAGGGAAAUGCUGACCUUCCAGAGCGGGCAUCGACCACAAGGACCCAUCUCUCCACAAACCCCUCGGUGUCACAGCUUUGUAAAGCACCCCAUUUCCCCCCGCAACCUCCCCUGCGGUUAUCAAGAGAAAUCUUGGGCCAAUCUCUCCUCCUCUGAGGUGAACACUUUCACUUUAUACACUUUGCGUUGGGUGGGUGGGAGCGUGGUUUUGCAUUGCCGUGGGUUUCCGGGGAGCAGGGAGAGUCCUCUUUUUCUAUGGGUCUUUCUCUCUCUCUCUGUUUUAAUAUGUUUUUCUUUUGUUUGCCACACAUUGAAGACUAGGGUUUUACAGUGAGGUUUUUAACACUGCGAUCUAGUUGUGCUAACUCGGGGGCACGGUGUAUAUACUGUAGAAAGAAGUAUUUGUACAUGAUUAGCCAAUCAAAAAAAAUAAUAAAAAACGGCUUUAUUACCUCAUGCAAGCUCAUAUAAACCAAUAGAAUUACUACAUGUUUUACCAGUUUUAGAGUGCUCACAUACUACCUCUGACAUUCACACUAGAACAUUUUUUUUUGUUUAUUUUUUCUUUUCUUUGUAAAGUGGUUUUUGAAGUCAGCACAAAAUUGCAGUGUGUAAUGAUUUUAAGUUGAAGGCGCUGAUAAAAAAAAGAUAAUUUUGUCACGGUUUUCACGCAUCCUGGAAUAUAGACAGCGGCAGGCUGAUUGUUACAUAUUAAAACCUGUAAAUCAGAGACCAGUUUUUCAAAUUUUUCAAAUCUUACUUGGAGGGUUUCUGAGCUCAAUGGGGAGAGGGGUCAAGGAUCAAAAUAAGAGAUCGAUUUGAGUUUUUUUUUGUUUGGUCUCUUCUGCAUCUGUUUUGGGUAAAUUGUCAUUAUCGCGCCCCCCCCCCCUCCCCUUCACCCCACCCUGAUAUACGAGCUGUUGGAACAGGCUGUGGUUCGGGCUGUGGCAGCUCUUUGCGGUCAGGUAACUUGUGCCCGUUGCUUCUUUAAAUCUCGCGUGUGGCCCCUUCAACUGUGGAGGGGUGGGGUGUGUGGGUGGUGGAGGGGAGAGAAGGGAACACAGGGCAUUGCCCAGCUGGCUUGCCCAUUGCCCGAUCAGGGCCUAUUCCGUCCUGUUGAGUGUUGAGGUUGUGGGGGGUAGCUUGGGGUUUAGGUCAAGGUGGCUCCCCCUGGCCAAUGAUGCCCCAGAGAGCUGGCAUCCCUGUGCACUGACCUCAAGAGCUCUUAAGCCAUUCAGCCCAUCGAGUCUGCUCCGCCAUUCAAUCAUGGCUGAUUUUCUUUUUCAACCCCAUUCUCCCGCCUUCUCGCCAUAACCUUUAACCCUCCCCCUUACCAAUCAAUAACCUAUCCAUCCCUGCCUUAAAUACACCCAAUGACUUGGCCUCCACAGCCCUCUGUGGCAUCGAAUUCCACAGAUUCACCACCCUCUGGCUGAAGAAAUUCCUCCUCAUCUCAGUUAAAGGGACGUCCCUUUAUUCUGAGUCUGUGCCCUCGGAUUCUGGAUGGAGACAUCCUCUCCACGUCCACUCUUCCAGGCCUUUCAGUAUCUGGUAGGUCUCAAUGAGAUCCCCACCCUCCCACUCCUGACCCAUCGAGUACAGGCCCAGAGGCAUCAAACACUCAUCAUACGUCAAGUCUUUCAUUACUUGGAUCAUUCUUGUGAACCUCCUCUGGACCGUCUCCAGGGCUGGCACAUCCUUCCUUAGAUACAGGGCCCAAGUGAUGGGUGCUGAGCUUUGCUGGGAGUUGAGGGGGUGGGGUCACAGCACGCCUGGUCGCGUGAUUGGUGGCCAGGUUCAGCUUGACCUUCGAACCUCCACUCCCUCGCUUGUGGUUGGCUGGAGGUUCCUUAUUAUUAAGACAGGGCUCUCAGGAUGUCCUGCCUGGUUCGGGAUCAGGUCUCUCUAGGGACAUGGGGGGGGGGGGGAGCGCAAGGAGCAUACCCCAGAUACUAACACCAUCCCCACUUCCUCCUGCCCACAGCUCUCCAGCCCUUCCCGAUUGGAGCUGAACGUAUUCCUUCCCCUCUCGUGUAACUGUGGCCCAGGAGCAGAAUCUUCUGGUUCAGGGCACAUUGAGUUAUUUCGGAAGUGAGUAACAGACUCGCCCGCCGGAGAGCCAACACAGGGCUCGCUGGGUUGAAGGGCAGCCCCUGCACUGUUCAUGUUCCGUGCUUCCCCGCUGAGUCAACCAGGGAGGCCUCUCACCAGUCGAUAGGUCCACCGGGCAAGGCGUGGUGGGUCAGGCAGCCAUGGAGGGGGUUGGGGGCAGUUCAUCACAGGACAGUAGAUCCCAAGUGGGAUCACCCUCUGGGUUACCAAGGUUACAGGGCUUCUAAAUGCGCUAUGACAACCACCAGCGUCCAGGGGCACUGGCGGGCAGUAGCCAGCUAUCUCCGGGGGGCCGUUAUUGGUGUGGCAUUAGGCCAGGGAACCACUUGAAGGGGGACAUCCCCGACGCCACUUCCUGUCAGCUCCAGCGUGUCCACAGAGAGCGUCCGUUACUUAAAGUUAGAUUGUGAACGUGCAGCUCUUGAUUUUUGGAUUGGGUGGGAGAUGGGGGAGGGAGUAAGUGUUGUGAGUUGGCCAGUUGAGAUUUUGUGCAUUGGUGAGAUGAUUCCUGGGAAGUGUGGGGGGGGGGGGGGGGGGGGGGUGGUGUAAGAGCCGAGAGUUAGUUCCCACACCAGAGAGUUGUUUCCCACAUCCGAGAGUUUGUUCCCACACCCCUCCGUUCCACAGCAACUUCAGUCAAAGCCGAGCAACUGGCGUUGGAAGUCGAAACAAAAUGGCCAACUUAAAAUGGCGGCCACGCCUCAUGGCCUUAUAUGGGAGCCCCAUGCCGUCCUGGGAUCUCGAGCCUUUUCUUCCCCAGCCAAAAGAAAGGAAACCGGGUGGGGUGUGGGGGUGGGGGGGGGGUUGGUUAGGUGGGGGGAGGGCGGUGAGGUAUGAGAUUUCCCUCGCCAAUCCCAAAAAGCCGUAAACUGGCUCGAUGCCCCUGAUUGGGUGGGAAGAGGUCCAAGUUUGAACAUUGCCUCAACUUGGGGCCCCAUCGGGUUAGAUUUGAAACUCCUAACGGUUUCUGAUUUUUAAUUUCUAUUUUGUUUAGUCAGUAUUUCUUUCCCUCCUGUUUCGAUGUAUUCUCUGUUAUGCUUUACGAUAUGAAUGUGCACAUUUUUUUUUGUAAAGUAAAAAGAAAAAGGAAAAAAAAAUUGGCCGUGAUGGAGAAUGGGCUGUGGUCUGGGGCUUUUUCCAUUUCAAGUGGUCCUUGCAGAGAGACAAAAGGGGUACUUGUGGUACAGGAUGAUCCCUGGCCUCAGGGGCAAAGAGAGCUUUGUGGUGUUCGAGUCCACACCUACUCUGCCCUCCCCACCCCUCCAGCCAGACUAUCAACCCUCUCACUCUCCACAGGUACUGUCCCUGGCACCUGCCCCAGUCACUGUGUCUUGUGGACUGAGGGGCAAGUAGAUGGAGGACUCCUGUGGAAUUGGAGCCCAUUUUUGGUGACUUUUGGAAAGUAAAUCUCCCGGAGACUGGAGGUGUCAAGGAGCCUUGAGCAAGCUGUUUGCCAAAAGUCAGGUUGGCUUUGUUUUUGUUUUAAGAUGACAUUUUGUAAAGGGGUUUGCCGAGACCAGGAGUGUCUCCUCCAGUGUUAUGCUGCCAUUCUGUGCUGCUAAGUAGCCAUGAUUGCUUUCAAUAAACUUUAUUGUUCCAUGCAA